AUGGCCAUUGCACCGCGGGCGUCGCUGGUGCAGCUGGCGCGGCUGACGCUGCGGUUUUGUGGAGCGUCGGGCUCGUCAUCACAAGCUCGGGUGUAUGUGGAGAAGAACAAGCUGGAGGAGUUGGCGGCCAAGUACGACGCGGCGUUUGUGGCGGCGGCGGCCGAGGCGCCGGGCAAGCACCCGCACGCCGAGGCCGAGUACGCCAACGGGACGACGCAAGUCGUGCCGCUGCGCAAGCUGAGCGUGGAGCAGAUUGAUGCGCAGCUCGAUGCGCUCGCGCAGCGCCGUGGGCGCAAGAUGAGCAGCGUGACCAAGAUCAACCGGGUGGUGGGCAACGUGAGCCAAGGCGUGCCCGAUGCCAAGGCGCUGCCUGUGGGCGUGGCGCAGCGGACCCAGGGCUCGGUCCAGGGUGUGUGGGGUGGCCUGGGAAAGGUGCGUCCACUGCGGGCGUCGAAGGAGGGCCGCACUCCGCGGAAGAGCCCGACUCUCUCGCGCAAGCACAUCGUCGCCGCUCGCGACAUGGCCGCCGAGUCCAAGCCGUAA